AUGGAAGUUCUGGAGGCCAGUGAUGAGGGAAAGGAGAAAACCAGAUUUAAAGGCUUCAAGAGACUUUUUGGGAAGAAGAAGAAAAAAGAGCCUGAAGAUAGGAGGCUCAAACCAAUCUUGUCCAGUGAUAGUAUUAACAUCUCUUCUGUGAAGCCGGUUUGGGAAGGUCAACAAACCAAGCCUGGGGCCAAGAGCAGCAUGGGGAACAAAGCCCUGUCCCACGACAGCAUCUUCAUGUUAAAGUCUGAGUCUGAAAGAUCAGGAAGCAGAAUAUGCCCCUCUCCAGAGGUCCAGAGAGGCAGACUCCUUCAGAGAUCUCAUGUUUUUAGAACUCUGCCUAGAGCUUCGACUGGUAGUAUGCAUGGAGCUGUGUUUGGAGCUAUGCCGCAAUCUGUGCCCAGAAGUGGAGUCGGGGUUGCAGGCACCAAGAUCACUGAGAUCCCACCAUGGCGCCCACGCCAACCCGGCAUCAGCUCACCUCUUAUUCAAUCUGACACAGUCUCUAAGGAUUUUGAAGAAAUCUCUGUUGAUGAUGAGUCACUGAAGAGCCCACGAAAGAAGGGUUCAGCACACGCGAUCUUGACGUUGAAGAAGAGUUCCCUGCAGCAUAUCACUCAGAGAUCAGAAAUCUCAAAUCUAGGUGAACCACUUCCAAUAGAACCAAAGCAGGAGAAGCCAAGCCUUCCACUGGCUUCUGAAGAAGAGAAAAGCACAACCGAACGGAAAGAAGCUGACCAAAAGAAGCCGAAAAAAGACAGUACAGGUUGGCACAUCUUCACCCUCACCCAGAAACAUGUCCUCAAGCUUAAUGGCAUGGUGCUAUGUGCCUCAGGCUGGAAACAGAGAAACAAAACUUGGAUUUAUGAACAGAAGACAACAGAUCAGGCUGCAAACAGAGAUGCUGCUGAGAGCCAGGGCUACCCAUUUCCAGCAGCAUACAGAAGACAAUGUGGAAGGAGAGGCCCAAGUACUGCAGAAACAAGUGAGCAUGAAUCCAAAGGAAGAAGCUUUAAACCAUCCAGUCGAGCACUUGGCCUGGGUAAUGGAGCUUGGAUCCCACCUGCCGGUAAGACUGCCAGGGAUUUCUGUUCCUGGCACCUGCCCUUGGAGAAGCAAGUCAUGGAGCAGCCCCCAACGGCACGAACAGAAAGCACUACUCCUCAGGAGCUGCUUUCAGAUAAAGAUGACAUGGGAAGGAGAAAUGCCGGUAUAGAUUUUGAACGCAGAAAAGCACCAGCGUCACAACCCAUACCUGAAGACAUGGAAGAGUCCAUGGUUAGUGGUCUGUCACCAUCCCAUGAAGAUGGGGCUUCUGGAGCCGAGAAGACAGAAGCCGGAGCUGCUCUUUUACGCGUGGUAGGAAGCCCUUCUACAAUCCGAGAUAUUUUCUCAGUGGCACUGGAGGAUCGGUUGUUUAUGGAUCCUUCUGAUAGCCAGUCAGAAGAGAAAGAAGCGUCCAGCUUUGAUCUGAAAAGUGUCCAAUUUAAAAUGAAGUCAGCCCAAGAUACCUACAAACAAAAGUCUCCUGGAAAUGUUCUCCAGGCCUUUACAGCAAGCACUUCAGAUAGCUUGCUGAGAGCUUUGGUAGAGGGAGGUAUUUCUGCAGAGAGGCUGCCUCGCAGAAGCCUUUCCGCGUCCCUGGGGGAGCUGGAAGCUGAAGCCGUCGCCUCAGAUUCAGAGGGUACUUCAGAGUCUGGCAGUGGUUCUGAGCAGCAGCUGGCUCUUGGAUAUCUUUUCCAGCCCUCCAAGAAGCACAAAAAUGAACAAGAAGUCUUCCCAGAAUCAGAAAGUUCAGCUGUGGAAGUGAGCGGUCCUGAGCAGCGGCAGGCUCCUAGGCGGUGGGCUCCUAGAUAUUCUUCCCGUGCCUUGGGGAAGCCAGAAGUGGAAGCUGUCUUUUCGUGUUACGAGAGUGCUUCCAAAGAGGGGAGUGGCUUUGGGCAGCAGCGGGCUCCCAGGCACUCUCUCCAGCCUUUGAGGAAGUCCAAAGAUGGCCAAGAAGUCUUUGCAGAAUCCGGUUUUGUUGUGCAAAUGACCAGUUCUGAUGAGCAGCUGGCUCCCAGAUGCGCUUCCCAGACUUUGGGGAGGCCCAGAGACCAAAAAGAAGUCUCGUGGGCUUCAAAGAACGUACCUGGAGUGUGGGGUGCUUCUGUGCAGCAGAUGCCUCCCAGGCACCCUUUCCAGUCCUGGGUGGGCCCUACAUCCGAGCAACAAGCCUCUGCAGGUCCAGAGAGCGCUGCUGCGGAGUGGGGCAUUUCCAUGGAGCCGCGGCCUCCCAGAGUGACUUCUCAGGCCCAGAGGAGACCAGUAGUGAAACAACCAACCUCUGCAGGUCCAGAGAGUGUCGACAUUGAAGGGCAUGCUUCUACCAAGCUGCUGCCUUCCAAACAUUCCCGGGUCACUGUGAGACCUAAACUCCAGCAAAUGUCAAGUUAUGAGGGUGCUGCUGUUGAGGUGGGCAUUUCUGGGAGCUCACUGCCUCCCAAAUAUCCUGCCCAGUGGGAUAAAAAGUUUAAAGCUGAGGAAAUGUCCUCACGUCUAGAGAGCAUGGCAGUUGAAGAAGGCAUAUCUAAGGAAUCGGUGCUUCCCAAUCAUCUUUUUCAGUUGUUCAUGAAGUUUAUGGUACAGCACAUCUUUUCAGAGAGCCCUUCUACUGAGGAGGGAAUCCAUGUGGAUCCUCUGUCUUCAAAUCAACCUUCCAAAUCUUUGUCGAGGCCUAAAGUCGAGCACCAAGUUUUCUCAGGCUACGAGGGUACCGAUAUUGAGGGAGGCAUGUUUUUGAAGAAACUGCCCGCAAAAAGCCCUUUACCGUGCUUGGGGAGGCCUGAAGGCCUGCGGGAAGUCUUCUUACGCUCAGAGAGCACUCCUGUAAAGUGCAAUAGUUCUAAAGAGCAGCUGCCUUGCAGACACCCUGGCCAAGCCGAAGAUGAGGCUGAAUUUCAGCCACAGACUUUCUCAACAGGCCCAGUGAGUGCAACUGUGGAGUGGAGAGGCUCGGAGGAGCACCUGCCUCCCAGACACCCUUUUCAGGCUCCUGCAGCCCCUGAACACCAGCAACAGGUUUAUUCAAGUCCCAUGAGAGCUGCUGCUGAGGGAACCAUGUUGGAGAGCGAUCCUAGCUGCUGGUCCCUACCGAGAGACCCAGCUUCUCCAAACAAAAUCAAGAAACACAGCCAAGGCUCUGAAGACCUCAUUAAGAACGUCCCGAUUCCUGCUACCAAAACUGUGACGUUCACCGAUGCUCCUGUCUGGCAAACAUCCACUUCUGAGGGCGCUUACUCUAAGGAGGAAGUCCUUGAGAGUGGUGAUCAAGGUAACAGACAUUCAAAUUUAUCCACCAAUCGGGCUGUUGUUGAAAACAGUUUUGGAGUCCAACUGAGAAAAACCUCUUCCUCACAGAAGUAUAAGGGUGAGAAAAGAGAUUUUACCAAGCUUCCUUCUGUUUCCCAAAGGGGAAAAGCUCCUGGUCAACAGUCAGAUCAUGCCACCUCAGAGCCAGCUUGGAUAACCAUGAUAAACCAGAGGCAGGGGAGUCUCCAGGCCAACAUUCCUGUGAAAGAGCCAGAAACCAAGAAUAGAGCUGGAGCCAAGGCUGAGACUAAGGAACCUGGAUAUGGGAGAACUGGCCUUGCAGAUGAAAACCAACCGAGGAGGGUUUUCACUUCUGAUGUCAACAGACAGGAGAAGAUGGCACCGAAGCCACCGAAGUCUACAGAAGCAGUAGAAUUCGAAGAUGAGAAGAUAUUUCAAGUACCUUCUACAGAAAAAGGAACCAGAAGGUCUUCAACUCUCCCAGCCAUGCUACCACAGCCGGCUGAGCCAGCUGAGCCAGCCUGGUUCUCCCUGGCCAAGAAGAAAGCCAAAGCAUGGAGCCGUGUAGCAAAAACCACGCAAUAA